AUCUCGCGAGAUUCUUUAUUGGGGCAAGGCUGAAAAUGUAAAUAAAUUGCACAUGUUUACUUUUUUUUUAUGCCUUUUAACAAAAUUGAUAAUUUCAUAAAAGAAAUUACAAUUAAUCCUCUAAAAAGCAGCACUUACAUUUGAGUAGCAAAAUGAACGUCCUGUUUAUCAGCAGGGCAUGCAGGAGAUUAUAUCCUGCACUGACACAGCGAUGGAUGCAGACUGCGCUCUUGUCCAGCAGUGGAAAAACCGAAGUCACUGUAAACCAGGAAGACUCCACAUUGAGUAGCAUAAAGUACGCCAUGGAUACAGUGGAGCUCCUCGAUGUGGUGGCGAGACAAAGGAAAGAGCUACAAACUACCCACGUCGUACAAAUUCUAAAGACACUCUUUGUGCUGCAGAAGAAUGGAAACUCGCUGCUGAGCACAGAAGAGAUUCUGAAGCAUCCGCACUUUGAAAUUCUCUGUCGCAGCUUGAGGAAUCACUCGAGGUCGAUGGAUCUUGGUGACAUUAUUGAGGCGCUGAAGGUGAUGAUUUUCCUAAAAGUACCAACGCGCAGUGAAAUCAUCCACAUCCUCUUUAAUCUGCUUCGGCAACAGAUUAACGACAUUGAGCUGGGGCAAAUGGUUUUUCUGGACUUUCUGCUCGAGCGCUGUGAUAGAACACCCCUUGUUGAGGCAUUUCGGAUAGCUCUUCCGAUGCUCUUUCAGAUUAAUGUUGGCACAAAACUCAAUCAUGAAAAUGUGACGGAACUUGCGGAAUUACUGGUCUUUGCUGUUAAGCAUGAAUGCUCAGAUCAGAGCAUUCAGAACAUUGUUAGUGCUCUAACCCUUCAUGGAAUGAGUAUUGAUGUGGUACUCGCACGCAGUAUCAUUUGGUCACUCUCCGAUCACAAGAGAUUCAAACCGACGCAUGAGAAACUUCUGCAGAAUUGCAUAAAGAUUGUCACUGAUCAAAUGGAUCAGCUGGAAUUUCUGGACAUUGAAAGUACUUUGAGUAAGAUUUCCUACAAAGUUCUCCACAAAUUCUCAGCCUUCUACAACGAAGAAUUCUUCAAGAAGGUCAUAGAAAUAGCCAUUGAGAGAGACCUUCCUUUCAAUUAUGUCAUUUAUUUGUUCAAAAAGUUCAACCGGAUGAACUACACGAGCGACUUACUCCUUGAAAUGAUUGCAAAAAAAUUCACAAAUGUGGAGAAUUCUUCUCCAUCCAUUAUCUUUACAUUAGUAUCUGCCUUCUCGUUUGCCAACUACAUUCCCAUGAAUUGGAGUGAGAUGAGUCAGUCAAUUGUGAGGAGCAAACUCCUGGAGAAUCCGUCAAACAACCUCCCUUGGCUCAAAUUCACCCUCGAACUCGUAUCCCUCGGUACACUGGAUGAGACUCUCCUAGGAAAGAUCUUCUCUGAAGACUUCCUCACGAAAUUCCUGCAAAGAGACAAUCCCACAAUUGAUUACAUGCAACUUCUCAGUUUAUACCAAAUCCUUACGAUCCUCCAUCCUGAAUAUAAAGGACCACUUCCUCAUCGGAAGUACAUUGAUUGUGCUAUUGAAGUUUUACAAAGAAAGGAGGAAUCACCAUUGCGGGAGCCGCUGAAGUUUGCCUACGGACCAGCUGCAAUCCAUCGAGUAAUGACAAAACAUGGUCAUCUGUUAGAUCACAUCAUAGUUUUCGACAAGGAAGGAAAUCCCAUUCCAGUAGAACGAAACGAAGACCAUCCACAUCUGGACUUCAUUGGUGGUCAGGAUAGGAAACUGGUGGCUGUGCUGCCUUUCACAUCUAACUGCUAUUCAGUCAAUACACUUCGUCUCAAAGGGAUCCUCCAAGUCUGGUCGGAAACAGUGAGUGCCCUAGGACUUAAGGUCCUGCCAAUCAAUACUGAAUCUUGGUCGCAACUUAUGGAUCACGAGAAAAUUCCUUACCUCCAACGAGAGAUUAAGUUCAGCAUUAAUUAGUUUUUUUUUUAAUAAAGAAUUUUAAUAGUGCAAAUAAAGAAGAUUUCUU